UAAAAAGAGAGAGAUUUUUGCUAAAGUGUCUAAAUAAUUAUAUGCAUUUAAAAUGGAAAGUGCUACCUGUGACUGAGAGAGUCACUGUCAUUGUAAGGACUCGAUACCAAAAUACAGGUGGUGUUGUAAAGGUGAUGACUAGCUGAGAUGCUAGUUCACUGUUCCCUGAAUGUUGCUUUUAAUUUCUCCAGCCUACACACUAUUUAAAUGGAAGCAGGAAACCAAACAAAAUUUUCAGAAUUCUUCUUGUUGGGCCUCUCAGAGGAUUCUGAACUUCAGUGCCUGUUCUUUGGACUCUUCCUGUCCACGUACCUGGUCACUGUGCUUGGGAACCUGCUCAUCAUCCUAGCCAUCAGCUCUGACUCCCACCUCCACACCCCCAUGUACUUCUUCCUCUCCAACCUGUCCUUUGUUGACAUCUGUUUCAUCACCACCACGGUCCCAAAGAUGCUGGUGAACAUCCAGACACAGAGCAAAGUCAUCUCCUACAUAGGAUGCCUCACUCAGGUGUUUUUCUUCAUGAUUUUUGCUGGAAUGGAGAAUUUUAUCCUGUCCUUGAUGGCUUAUGACAGGUUUGUGGCCAUCUGUCAUCCCUUACACUAUACAGUCAUCAUCAACGCCCGGCUCUGUGUCUUGUUGGUUUUGAUAUCUGGGGUCAUCAUUUUCUGGGCCUCUCUGCUUCAUAUUCUACUGAUAACAGGGUUGAACUUCUGUACAGGAACUGAAAUUCCACAUUUCUUCUGUGAACUGGCUCAGAUUAUCAAAUUGGCCUGUUCUGAUACCCUCCUCAAUAACAUCUUUUUAUAUAUGGCAACUGUACUGUUGGCUAUGUUUCCCCUCUCAGGGGUACUCGUCUCUUACUCUCAGAUUGUCUCCUCUUUAAUGAAGAUGGCUUCUGCUGGGGCCAAGUAUAAGGCAUUUUCCACCUGUGGGUCUCAUCUCUCUGUGGUCUCCUUAUUCUAUGGAACAGCCCUUGGGGUCUGCCUCAGUUCUACUGUGAUCCAUGCUUCCCAGAGAAGCUCUAUUGCCUCAGUGAUGUACACUGUGGUCACGCCCAUGCUGAACCCCUUCAUAUACAGCCUAAGGAAUAAGGAUAUGAAGGGAGCCCUGAGAAGGCUCAUCUGUAGAGCAGCCUCUUGUGCAUUAUUAUGGCCACUGGUCUCAGGGCUGAAUGCACUUCAUGGUCCUCAAAGCCAAAUGUCAUGA